CAUGUUGGUAAAGAACAAAUGUCAAUAUAUUCACAAGAAGACAUAACCAUGUAUAUAUAGUGCCAAAAUCCCUGGAUAAUAAAAUAUCCAUUUCUUCACACUCCUAGCUAGAUAGUUUUAUCAACAAUGAAGACAUCGCAUCUUCUUCUUCACAAAAAUCUAAUUCUUGUAUUUCUAUGCGUCUUCUAUUCAAUCCCGACAACAUCGUGCUCAGCGCACCCGGCUUCCAUAUACGUGACGAACUCAUGCAAAACGACGCUGUACCCAAGAUUAUGCAACAAAGCUCUGACCAAGCACGCGGGGAAGAUCAAGGGCAGCCCGAAGCUCCUAGCCAUGACGGCCCUCAUCGCGACGUACAACGCCACGCAGACGACUUCCAAGGUGCUGAGAGAGCUGCGGCGGGCGAGCGAGUGUGUGGAGAUGGUGGGAGAUGCGGUGUACGAGCUGCACCAGUCGAUUAAACGGCUGGAUCAGUCUCGAAAAGGGAGUCGUCAGUUCUUCGGACAAAUGGAUGAUGUCCAAACAUGGGUAAGUGCAGCUUUGACGGAUGAUGAUACUUGCAUGGAUGAUUUCAAGGCCGUGGGAAGAAGACAAGUUUUGGCAAGAGGAUUUGUUUACACAGUUGCGCGUUUGACGAGUAUUUCUCUAACCUUCAUCAAUAAUUAUGCUUCUCUCUAAUUAAUGUAUAUUCUAUUCAAAUAUAUGUAUUCCAUCUCAUGUACUGUAUAUUCUUUUACAAGAAUGUUGUUUGAAUACUUGUAGUAUUAUUAUGUUUCAAAUGUGGAUUUGGAUUUUGAUUUGGGUGUGA